UUUCUGUCGAAAAUCUUGGAAAAGAAUAUGUCUAUUUGAUACUCGACCUAUGUGAAGAGUCGUUGGAGGAAUAUGUGGAAUCAAAUUCAAAUAGUUUGGAUUACCAUCAAAAAUUACUUCCCGAUAUUCUUAAACAAAUUUUAAAAGGAUUAGCUGAUCUUCAUAGCGGUGAGCGUCCCAUUCUUCAUCGGGAUUUGAAACCUUCCAAUGUUCUACGAAACGCACAAGGAAAAUUUCUAAUAGCCGACUUUGGUAUCAGUAGAGUAUUGAAGAAUGGCUUCAUGACACAUGUAAGCGAUCCUAACAAGGGAGCUCCGUAUUGGAUUGCUCCUGAAUCAUACAGUGAAAAUGAUGACUCCGUUGAUAAGGUUGACAAGUUGACUUCUUACAAAAAAGAGUCUGAUGUAAUGAAUGCAGGAAUGGUGGCUUAUUUUGUUGCAACAAAAGGAAAACAUCCUUUUGGAACAAAGGCGUAUAGACUACAAAACAUGUUGGAGGGAAAACCCGUUGGUUUGGAAGAAAUCAAGGAUGUUCAACUUGAAGAUCUUCUUUCAUGGAUGCUACAACGACAACCAGAAGACAGGCCAUCAGCUGAAGAAGCGUUAAAACACCCUUAUCUACAAUCUUACGUGGAGAACUUCAAUAUACUGAGUGACAUCUGGAACAAUAUUAAACAAUCACCACUUGUUCGUGAAAAGUUGAAUAUUAAAAUAAAAUGGAUGGAGCGUGUCAACGAUAAAGUCUUGAAAGAUUUAACAACAUUCGAAGUCAAUGGCAAAACAAUAGAGUGUGUUACAAACAUUUGUGAUGGUAAAUCCAUUAUUAUAAGUACAAGUAGAGAGAAGAAAAAUGUCUCUGACAAUACAGUCAAUGACGUCGAGUCCUUGAAAAAAGACAUUUCCUGCCCCGGUUACAAGUUGAAAGAAGAAGUUCACAGUAAAUUAAAGAAGUAA